AUGGGGAAAGGCACAAGGGAUACACUUAUAGGAAAAAUUGACGAUUGUGAUGAUGAAGUUCGAAAAACUGCACAGGAAAUGGAUAUUAUUCGACAACGGACUAUUGCCUACGAAUAUCUGUGUCGACUAGAAGAAGCCAAGACAUGGAUGGAAUCUUGCCUGAGAGAGAAACUUCCUACUGCUAUUGAAUUCGAAGAAAACUUACGUAAUGGAGUUUAUCUUGCAAAAUUAGGCAACUUUAUUGCACCUGAUCUUCUUCCCUUAAAUAAAAUUUACGACAUUGACCAAAGGCGUUAUAAAAUGAUGGGACUGCAGUUUAAACACACUGAUAACAUAAAUAAAUUUUUGCAAGUCUUAAAAAGGACAGAGUUACCUGUGACAUUUCAACCAGAAACAACAGAUAUUUAUGAUAACAAAAAUAUGCCAAAAGUUAUAUAUUGUUUACAUGCGUUAAGUUCACAUUUAUUUAAACUUGGCAAAGCACCAAUUAUUCAUGAUGUUUUUGGUAAAGCAGUAUUCACAGAUGAACAAUUGGACUCAGUUUCUAAAGACUUACAAAAAUGUAAACAUCCACUUCCAAAGUUUCAAAAGAUAAGUGGUAUUUUAUCAAAUAAUAGCAACUUAGAUAACAACGCUUCUGCUCAAAAUGCUUUAAUUGAGCUUAACAAUUUAUUGGACACAGAAAAAUCAAUAACUCCUGCAUUACUAAAUCCUCAUUUGAAAAUAAAACAUGUCCAAAAUUUUCUAAUGGAUGAGUACAAAGAAAUUCUCAAAGCAGCAAAAUAUGAAAAAUUACAAGUUGCUCAUAAUCAUUCUCUGAAUGAUAGUUAUGUACCAGAUGAAUAUGAUGAACUUCUUACCUUAGUUGAAAUACAAGGUCAUAUUACUGCCACUAAUUACAAGUAUCUUUGGAAGUCCUUAUGUUCUGCAUGUAAAACUAAUGAUGUCAACAAAUUACACAAAAUUUUCAAUGAAGAUUGGGUGAAAGUUAAAAAUUAUGAUCCAAAUAAUAUAGAUUUUUACUGUGAUGUUGUUAAAGAAAUAACUGAAAGUUGCAAAGACAUUGAUGUUGAGAGUAUUACAAAUUGGCACAAGAUAUUUCAGAAUAUUAUAAAUGAUGGUAACAUAAAAGCUAAUGAUCAUACUGAUCAUAAGACAGCGAUAGCCACUGUUAACAAUGCAUUAGAUAAAGGUACUCCAGAAGACUUAUACCAUGCACUAGUGAGCCCGAAACUUGGUUUAAAUUUUAAAAUAGACAAAUAUGCUGCACCCCUAUUGUUUGAGGAAAUGAGAUUGGAAAAAUGUGAAUUGGAUAAAAAUCUAAAUGAAAGUGAAAUAGCAGCUUCAGCACUUUAUUUGACAGCAAUUGCUUCUGUAUCACAAGCGGUUGAAAGGGGAGACGAAGUAGCUGUAUGGAAAGCCCUGAAUUCUAAACAAAUUCAGUUGGAAGUUCUUCGGCCGCAUUGUCGACGCCGAUACUUGUCCGCUCUAGUGGCAGCUCUGCAAGUAAAAGUGAGGGAACAAUGUGAGUGCCCGUUGUUGACACUUGAAGAUAUUAGGGAUACUAUAGAAAUGGUUAACAUGAAAGAUGAUGACAAUGAUGAAUUAGUGGAAGUUAUUGACAAUAUAAACAAAGCAGUUGCAGAAGAAGAUGUAAAUUCGUUGAUAGGAUUGCUAAAGAGUUCUUGUCUUAAGCUACCAUUAUCCUUACAUAAAGAAGAAUACCAUUUGUACUUGCGAACUUUGAAAAAACGCCUGUUACAAAAAGAAUCGGAAAACCUCUGGUACGAUGACAUUGUUAAUGCCAUUAGUGAUGUAAAUUAUGAAUCAAUAAAAGUUAAGGAACUGACUGACGCAAUUGUUCAACUCAAUUUAGCUAUAUUAAAAAAUGACAUAAAUGACUUCUGGAAGGCACUUCUUUCUCCUCAUUUGGUCACAUCGGACCUAAUUGAAAGCUCAUGUAGCCAGAUGUACUUUCAAAUGUUUGCAAAGGCUCUUAAAAAGAAAGGCCAUAAUAUCUGCCCAUGGAUAGUGUGUCAUACAGAAGCCGGGAACACAGUGUACAUUGAUGUUGAAUCGUAUACUUAUAGUUGGACCACACCAAAGGAUUUUGUUCCAUAUGCGCGUUACUUGUCCAAGAAAGAUAUAAAUGCUAUUGUGGAAAAAACAAAUAAACAUCACCUGAAUUCAUACAGACAAAAAUUAAUAGAGAAAUCUAUUGAAAGAUUUCAAGCUUACUGCAAAGGAUAUUUAGUAAGACAAACAGUUAAAAGACUUGAAUUCUUUAGAGAUCAUGUAGACUGUGUUGUGAGGAUUCAGGCUUGGUGGAGGCGAAUUAUGAUACAAAGAAAAUAUGGUACUUUGUUAAAAAUGAAAACAAUUGAAGCUAAGCUUAAAAGAGAGAGAAAACAGAAUCCCUGGGCGUGGUAUAAAGUGCAGGAACAAAAAAUAAUCAAAAUUCAAGCACUCUGGCGUGGUCGUCGUACUAGGAACGCUUUCGUCUCACUGUUCCACUCACCAAAUCCACCAUUAAGAGUAGUAAAGAAGUUUGUGCCAAUGUUAGACUUCAGUACUGAAGACUACAACAGGGAAAUAGAAUUACAAACAUUAAAAUCCGAAGUUGUACAGUCCAUAAGGAAAAAUCAAGAAUUGUCCAAACAAAUAGACGAUAUGGACUUAAAAAUAGGAUUGUUGGUGCAAAAUCGAAUUGCAUUGCAGGAAGUUGCAGCACACGGCCUAAAGUUGAAUGACUUGGUUAAACAUAAUACUGCUACUUUAGCUAUAAAUCGAGACUCCAAAAGUUCUCUUAUGACAGUUUUAACAGCAGUCAAAGGUUUAAAAUCAUUGACUAAAGAAAGUAAGCGGCUUUUGGACGGCUAUCAACAUUUGUUCUAUGAAUUGCAAACAAAUCCAACAUAUCUAUCAAAGUUAUUAUUUUGUAUACCGCAGAAUAAAACUAAUUCCUUCUUGCAAAAUGUCGUCUUAAGUUUAUAUAAUUUUGGGGCUUACGCAAGAGACGAAUAUUUAUUAUUAAAGCUCUUUAGGUUCACUUUAGAAGAAGAAAUAAGUUGCAAAGUUGUUAAGCCGUUUGAUAUAAUAGCGUGUACGCCAUUGGUACUCAAAAUGGCGGUCAGUCUAUCGAGACAGUUAUCAGGUCUAAACAGCUUACAAACGAUAAUAGGACCUCUUGUAGAGAAGAUAGUAAAAGAUAAAGAUUUGAAUAUUGAAACUGGACCGGUGGAAAUUUAUAAGGCUUGGCGGAAUGAAACUGAAAUGAAGACAGGCCAGAUUUCAAAAUUACCCUAUACUGUGACACAGGAGGAAGCGCUAACAUAUCCAGAAGUAAAAUCAAGACUGGAAAAAGCCUUAUCGCAAUUAAAGACUGUUGUGACGAUGUUUUUGGACAAAAUAACGAAUUCCACUGAACUGCUUCCAUUUUGUAUCACGUAUAUGGCUCGUGUUUUGCAUCGAUCAUUGACUACCAAGUUUCCACAUACACCUGAAAAAGAUAUUUUAAAGGUGAUUGGUAACUUGGUGUACUAUCAGUUCUUCAACGCGGCGAUUGUGGCGCCCGAUGCGUUCCAUAUAAUCAACAUGCCGAGUGGUGGCGGCCUCACCACCGACCAGCGGAAAAACCUCGCUUCCGUUGCAAAAAUAUUACAUUUUUCCGCUGCCAAGAAAGGAUUUGGUGAAGAAUCCAGCCACUUGCGCUGUUUAAACCCUUUUAUAGUCGAGUGUCAUGAGAAAAUGAAGGAGUUAUUCCGUCAAUGCUGCAGAGGACCCACACUAGAGGAGUACUUUGCAGUUGAUGAAUACACUGAAGCCACUUUAAUAAAUCAUCCUCACAUUUACAUUACUGUGCAGGAAAUUGUAGACACACACGCCUUACUCAUUGAAUACCAAGAUAUACUGGCGCCCGAUCCUCACGACCGACUUAAUGAGCUGUUGGACGACUUGGGCGAAGUGCCCUCUGUGGCGCAGCUGGCGUCCCGUGAUGUUGCUUCACAAAUGGGUGAUUCUGAAGAGAAUGCAAGAUUGGAAGUAUGCCUUGCUCUGGUUAACAAGUUUCAAGCUCCAUCAGAUGAUAUGACAGAUUUGAACAAGUUAUUUAUAAGAACUAAAGAACUAUGUGUGGAGAUUAUACCAUUCCUUAAUGGUGAGCAUCUCUUAGAGGCGCUGUGCAUUGGCUCCACACGAGAGCAACAAGAUCAAUACACUGAGAAAGUGCAAAGACGGAUAUACUCUGGUCAAGCACGGCCCGACGAAGCGAUGACAUUACGUGAGCAUAUCGCUAAAUUACGUAAAAACCUGCAAAUGUUGGAGGAAGAAGGGUAUGUGACACGCGAAGACGGGUACCAAGCACUAGUCACUUCUAUAGCACUCGACUUGUGCAAUAAGGGCAAGUACAGACAGGCGCAAAGGAGAGCGCUUUCAACAUUAACUAGGACUAAGCAAAGUUUGCUGGAGAAAACAAAGUAUUAUGAAGAGAAAUGUAAGUCGUAUGACCAGUAUAUCAGGUCAUGUCUCGCUAAUCUUCAUGCAGGGAAAAGAAGUGUCCAUGCUUGUCUAAGGAGAUCAGGCAAAGAUAUUCAAAAGUUAAAAUCUAAAUUAACAGUAAAAUACUCAGCAGCCAAACUUCUGGAAAGGGGCGUUCUUUUAGAAAUAGAUGGACUUUCUACAUCGCAAUUCAAAAAUGUACAAUUUGAAAUAACGCCAACAGAUCACAAUGGAGUGUUCACAAUUAAAGGUAAAUUUAUGGGUGUUGAAAUGGAAUCUAUUGAGGUUGAUAUUCAAGAUCUCUUACAAAGGCAAUAUGAAGGGUGCACUAUCAUGGACAUGUUUGGCAAAGCUAAGAUAAAUGUAAAUUUACUAAUUUUCCUUUUGAACAGCAAGUUUUAUGGUUUACUUUUCAUUGCUUUAUAUUGUGAGUUUCUUAUAUAUUACUUAGUUAUUUUGCAGUGCAAAUGGCCAAAGUUAGAAAAUUCAAAUGGAAGAGAAGUUUUGAAAGCAUUUAUUAUAGCUGAUACUCAUUUACUUGGCCCCUACAGAGGUCAUUGGUUAGAUAAAUGGAGAAGAGAAUGGCAAAUGCACCAAGCUUUUCAAGCAAUAAUAAAUUUACAUAAUCCAGAGGUGGUAUUUGUUUUAGGAGAUCUGUUUGAUGAAGGAGAGUGGUCCAAUGAUAAACAAUUCAAAGAUUAUGUUCAGCGUUUUUAUAAAUUAUUUGCAUUGCCAGAUAAUAUUGAGAUGAUCAUUGCUGUUGGAAACCAUGAUAUUGGAUUUCAUAAUAAUAUAAGGAGAGGGUUUGCACAAAGAUUUACCAAAUUCCUACAAGCUCCUUCAGUGCAACAUGUUGUAUUAAAAGAUAAUCAUUUUAUUAUAUUAAAUUCAAUGGCUCUAGAAGGUGAUAACUGCAAUUUGUGCACAGGUGCCAGAAAUCAAAUAGAAAUUGUUUCAAAUACUUUAAAAAGCUGCUUCCUCAAUUCUGAACAAUGUUUUAAUAAAAAGUCCAAGUUUAAUUAUAGUCGACCAAUCCUAAUGCAGCACUUUCCUCUAUAUAGAUUAUCUGAUGCUAUUUGUAGUGAACCAGAUGCACCACCACUGCCAGGAAAAAACAAAUUAUUCAGAUUAAAAAUAGAUGCUUUAUCAAAAGAAUCCACUGGUUAUGUAAUUUCUAAAUUUAAACCCAGAGCUGCAUUUGGUGGACACACUCACCAUGGGUGCCUAGUUGAACAUUACUAUGAAGAAUUUGAUAAAGUACAUUUUCUAGAAUAUUCAGUGCCUUCCUUCUCAUGGAGAAAUAGACCUGAUCCAAAAUAUAUGUUGGUUAGUAUAACACCUGAUGAAUAUGCAGUGGAAAAAUGUGGACUUCCGAAAGAGACUACAAUUGCUCUUUCAGCUGUGAUUAUGUUUUGCGUUUUAAUCGCAUAUUUAAUCAUGAAAAAUCCAAUCAGGAGAGGUUUGUUA